ACAGCUUUGGGGAAGCGCGUGUCGCCUGUCUGUCUCGCAUAGCGAGAACGCAAGCCCUGUGGCACCAGUUUAUUACAUUAACUAUUGACUCAUAUGAUAAGUGGCACUGUGGGCAUGAUUCAGGCAUUGCAACAGUGCCUGUCACGCUUACAUGACAGUCAACCCUUUACACUCCGGAGAGUAAGAACACCUGUUGCACGGGUCAGCCAGUGCGACCGCUAGUGACGACCUACGUGAUAGCUGUGCAACAAACACUGUGCUGUGAAAACUGGCAUCUUAUAUAAUUUCGUCAUUUGAUCAUGUGACAUUGUAGUCUAAGGUAUGUGCUUUUGACUAUCAUGACGAUGAACACUUCGUCAGCGACAGGCGUGAGUGUCGUGCUGGAAUCAGCCUGGAGCAGCUCGGUGGUCACCACAGAUAUCAAUGACACGUGGCCCGUCUCUUCGUCCCCUCUUGACCUGGACAACAUCACGCUGGACGACAUUGCUACCACUCCCUGGGACAACACUACCUCUCAAGUCUACAACAUCCUCAACUACCCCACCACGCAGGCUAUAUUCUACAUAGAAUACCUGACCAUAUUCCUACUAGGGGUAUUUGGGAACUGCUUGGUGUGCUACGUAGUAUUCCGCAAUAAGUCCAUGCAGAAUGUGACCAACUACUUCAUCACAAACUUGGCACUGGCAGACAUCUUGCUAUGCGUACUGGCAGUGCCCUUCACUCCUCUUUACACCUUCAUGCGGCAAUGGAUGUUCGGCCGGGUGUUGUGUCACCUUGUCACCAUGGCUCAAGGCACCAGCGUCUACGUGUCCACACUUACACUGAUGUCCAUCGCUAUUGACAGAUUCUUUGUGAUAAUCUACCCGUUUCGACCACGCCUGCGCUUGUCAAUCUGCUACUUGAUCAUCGUCAGCAUCUGGCUUUUUUCCAUCUCGGCGACGCUUCCGUAUGCGCUGUAUGUCCGGCAAGUGGAGUAUCAGGACCGAUAUUACUGCGAGGAGCUCUGGCCUUCAGAAUCCAUCAGGCAGGUGUUUAGCGGUUUUACAGCCAUUAUGCAAUUCGUCGUUCCGUUCAUCAUCAUUCUCUUUUGCUACGUCAAAAUUUCUAUCCGCAUGAACGAGCGAGUCAGGGCCAAGCCGGGCACUAAGAACACCAGGAAGGAAGAAACGGACCGAGAACGAAAGCGCCGGACAAACCGGAUGUUGAUAGCGAUGGUGACGAUCUUCGGUACUUCCUGGCUGCCCGUCAACGUGGUGCACCUCGUCGGAGACUACUAUGCGCCGGCGAGUGAAUGGAGCUACUACAACCUGUGCUUCUUCAUCACUCAUGUGGUGGCCAUGUCUUCCACCUGCUACAACCCCUUUCUUUAUGCCUGGCUCAACGAAAAUUUCCGUAAGGAAUUUCAACUGGUUUUACCUUGCUUCCAGCAGACUCCCUCCACUGACCGUGUAGGUCAGUGGCGUUCAGAGAGGACCUGCAACGGGAACGACACCCAACAAGAGACCCUCCUACAGGCAGGACAAUGCGGAGGCACUGGUGGAGAUUCAAUAAGGUCUUUCAACCACCAGCUGUCAGUCACACAAGAGAGCCCGACUAACAUGGCGUCCCCAGCCACUGUCGAGACCCAUCCCAUGACCACCUUCAUAGAGGCUCCGUCACACACCAGCGGCAGCACACCUGACCAGGCCGUCCAGUCCCUGGUCAAUGGAGAAGCAUCCGAGUACGUGUGA